AUGAGGUCCUCCAUGCAGUGGGCCCUAACUGCCCUUGCCGCUGGCGUGCCGCUUUGCGCAGCUCAGACCUACACUGACUGCAACCCGUUGAACAAGACAUGCCCGGCCGAUACUGGUCUCGACCAGUGGUCCUUCAGCACCGACUUCACGGCCGGAUCUUCGGCGUUCAGCAAGUGGACUACGACCUCGGGCACGGUGAACAGCACCUCGUUGGGCGCCAAGUUCGAGGUCAAAGAGGAGGGUGACGCCCCCACUAUCCAGACCGACUUCUACAUCUUCUUCGGAAGAGUGGAAGCCAAGUUCCGCUGUGCCAAUGGCACCGGCAUCAUCAGCACUCUUGUGAUGGAGUCCGAUGAUCUGGACGAGAUUGACUGGGAACAAAUCUCCACCUUCGAUACCUAUGUUCAGACGGACUACUUCGGUAAAGGCAAUACCACAAGCUACGACAGGUACACCAACGUGGACGUGACGGACCCUGUCGAGACGUACCACACCUAUACCAUUGACUGGACCUCGGAGAGAAUCGAAUGGAUCCUUGACGGAACUGUUGUUCGCACCCUCGAAUACGCUGACGCGGUGGAUGGCACCAACUUCCCGCAAACCCCUAUGGUCGUUAAGCUGGGCAUCUGGGCUGGUGGCGAUCCCAGCAACAGCGCAGGAACCAUCGAAUGGGCGGGUGGCGAGACUGAUUAUACCGCUGGUCCUUUCAUCAUGUACCUCGAGUCGGUGAACAUCACCAACUAUAACCCGGCAUGCAGCUAUACCUACUCCGACAAGACCGGUGAAUACACCAGUAUCACGACCUCGAACUCCACCUGCAACGCCACCUCCAGCUCUUCGACCUCGAGUAAGAGCACCACGGCUAGUGGCUCGGCGGUCGCCGCCAGCUCUGGCGCCGUGUACACUGGUGGUGCGACCAGUCUUUCUUAUGGAUCCGCGUUGUUCAUGGUCGGCGGUGGUCUUCUGGCUGCUUUACUUUAA